UCAGUGUGCCGGUGGCCGCGUACGAGGACCGAGAUGUGGUGUGCCGCGUAUGUGUUGUGGUGCGUGGUGUUGGCGACCGCGUAUGAAGUGCAUCAUGAGGAGUACGCGCUACAGGCCCAAGCCUCCUUCGACUGUUACAACCAAACCGGAGUGCCUCAGAGAUGCCUGCCGAGUUUCGAGAACGCUGCCUACGGCCGCCUGGUAGAGGCUACCAACACGUGUGGCGAAGGUCCCAAGGGUGCGAUAGAGUUCUGUCGACAGACCAGCAGAGAGUCAAUCACGAAGUCUUGCCAAGUCUGCACCAGGGGGAUGUUCCCGGCCACUCAUCUGACGGACUUUGUCAACAACACUGUUACUUGGUGGCAGAGUGAGACGAUGCUGGAGGAUGUUCAAUACCCGACACAAGUCAACCUGACUCUACAUCUAAGGAAGGCAUAUGACAUCACCUAUGUGAGAUUACUGUUCCACUCGCCCAGACCGGAUAGUUUUGCCAUCUACAAACGAGUAUCCGAGAAUAGUCCUUGGAUCCCCUUCCAAUUUUACAGUGCCUCCUGCCGUGACACCUACGGACUCCCGGACACCAAGGACCCUCGGACACCUUUGCCACGCGAGGGGGAGGAGACCCGCGCCCUCUGUACGUCAGAGUACUCGGACAUCUCCCCUCUGACCGGUGGACAAGUCCCCUUCUCGACCUUGGAGGGCAGACCUUCCAACUACAAGUUUGACUCUUCUGCAGAACUGCAAGAUUGGGUGACUGCCACGGACAUACGUAUCACAUUAGACCGUCUCAACACUUUUGGUGAUGAGGUUUUCUGGGACCCUCAGGUACUCAAGUCCUACUACUACGCCAUCGUCGACUUUGCCGUUGGAGCGAGGUGCAAGUGCAACGGCCACGCCAGCGAGUGUGUCCCCACCAGAUCGCUGGAUGGAGACGACAGGCUGGUGUGUCGGUGUGAGCACAACACUGCAGGAGUGGACUGUCAGGAAUGCCUUCCCUUCUACAAUGACGCACCUUGGGGCAGAGCGAACCGCACACAUACACACGAGUGUAAAGCCUGCAACUGUAACGGGUUCUCCAACCGUUGCUACUUCGACAAGGACCUGUACGAGCUCACGGGCCACGGCGGCCACUGCCUGGACUGUUCUGGCAACAGGGAUGGCCCUAACUGUGAGAGAUGCAGGGACAACUUCUACCAGAGAGAAGAUACAGCAUGUAUCGCCUGCAACUGCAAUGAAGUCGGAUCGCGCAGCCUCCAGUGUAACAGCGAGGGCAGAUGCCAGUGCAAGCCAGGAGUCACCGGGGACAAGUGUGAUCGCUGCGACGACAACUACUACGACUUCGGCCCCUGGGGAUGCAAACCCUGCGACUGCUACGCUCCUGGCAGCUACCUCAACCAGCCGCGCUGCGACACGGUGUCAGGUGUCUGUCAGUGCAAGGAACAUGUGGAGGGCCAGCGGUGUACUGGAUGCAAGCCAGGUUUCUUCAACAUGGAUGAGAACAAUGAGUUCGGAUGUACGCCUUGCUUCUGCUACGGACAUUCCUCCGUUUGCAGAUCUGCUCCGGGAUACUCAAAAGUGCUGGUGGAGAGUAUGUUUGCCCGCAACAAUGAACGUUGGACUGCUGAAGACACACAGCAUUCUGUCAUCCCUAUGCAGUACAACGGCAUCACACAAUCCAUCGGAGUCAGCUCACCUAGCAGAGACCCUGUCUACUUCGUGGCCCCAGAUCGGUUCUUGGGUGAUCAGAGAGCAAGUUACAACCAGGACUUGGAGUUCAGACUGAGGAUUGGUGAGAACAGUCCAACUCCUACAGUGGAGGAUGUUGUGAUCGAAGGCGCUGGUCUGACCAUUGCACAGACCAUCUUUGGCCAAGGGAACCGUGUUCCGGCUGUAGAGGACAACAGCUACAAAUUCCGUCUACAUGAAGAUCCUGACUACGGAUGGCAGCCCAGGCUGUCUGCCAGGGACUUUAUGAGUGUUCUGGCCAAUCUUACUGCUAUUAAAAUUCGAGGAACGUACACCACUCAAGGUGUUGGUUUCCUGGACGAUGUCAAGCUCCACACGGCUCGUCGUGGUGCGGCCGGGGCCCCCGCCUCUUGGGUGGAGAUGUGUACUUGCCCCACUGGCUACGUGGGGCAGUUCUGCGAGUCCUGCGCCCCGGGAUCACGACAUGAUCCCCCCAACGGGGGACCAUUCGCCCCCUGUGUCAGCUGCAACUGUAACGGCCACGCAGACAUUUGUGACGCAGACACUGGUCGUUGUAUCUGUCAGCACAACACGGCAGGAGACAACUGUGAAAAGUGUGGACGAGGUUUCUAUGGCAACGCUCUCGACGGAACUUCCGAUGAUUGCAAACCUUGCCCCUGUCCCAACCAGGGAGCCUGCAUACAGCUGGAGGAUGAGGAUCAGACAAUCAUCUGUUUGGAAUGCCCCAAGGGCUACAGCGGACCCCAAUGCGACCUCUGCAGUGACGGCUACUUCGGAGACCCCAAGGGUCGCCAUGGUCCCAUCAGGCAGUGCCAGGCUUGCGACUGUAACCUCAAUGUGGACCUGAACGCUGUAGGAAACUGUAACAGAACAACCGGACAGUGUCUGAAGUGUAUCUACAACACAGGGGGCGACCAAUGCGACCAGUGUCUUCCUGGAUACUACGGUGACGCCUUGGCCAUACCUAAGGGUGACUGUGAGCCGUGUCAGUGCUACCUGCCAGGUACUGAGGUUGACUCUACAGGACCUCCUAUAUGUGAUCAGCUGAGUGGGCAGUGUCAGUGUAAACCUCAUGUGACUGGAGUAAACUGUGACCAGUGUCAGGCAGGAUACUACAACAUUGUGUCUGGACAGGGUUGCCAAUCUUGCAACUGUGACCCAGUGGGUUCCCUAAACCAGUCGUGUGACGCUGUAACGGGUCAGUGCAACUGUCGCCCGGGUGUGACGGGUCAACGGUGCGACAUCUGCGAGCCUUACCACUACGGUUUCUCUGACGACGGCUGUGAAGAGUGCAAGUGUGAUCUUGUAGGUUCCCUCCAGCUACAGUGCGAUGCUUCAGGGCAGUGUCCGUGUUUGGAGAACGUAGAAGGUCGUAGGUGCGACAGAUGUAAGGAGAACAAGUUCAAUCGGCAGCAAGGAUGUGUCGACUGCCCUGCGUGCUACAAUCUCGUACAGGACGCUGUCGACAAACACAGAGGGAACCUCAAACAUCUCAACUCUGUACUCAAGGAGAUCCAAGACAACCCGACUGUCAUUGACGAUGUCGACUUCGACAAGAAACUCCACGUCGUACAGGAGUAUGUGGAAGAUCUUUGGAGGGACGCUCGCGACGCUACUGGAAUCAACAAAGAUAAAUCCCUGGUGGAAGAAGUACAGGCUGUUAAGAAACGCCUGGAUGAUGUCGAAGCGUUGAUCAAGCAAGCCGACAACUGGAUAGCUCAGGCGGACACAGAGACUAAACAAGCUGAAAUAAACGCAACUCAGGCAGAGCACACCAUCGGGCAAGCUCAAGAUGUUCUACAGGACGCUCUAGACUAUCUUCAGGCAGACGGAGCAACAGCAUUGGCCAAAGCUGUGGAACGAUCCGCACUGUUUGGUCAACAGAACCAACAAAUGUCAGACAUUGCUAGAGAGGCUCGGAACCUUGCUCAGGAUCAAGAAGAGAGAGCGGCAGAAAUCCAUAAAAUUGCUGAAGCUGCUGUGAAUCUGUCAACCCAAGCGUAUGACAUUGCGAAAGACGCCAUCAAUCGUCAGAAAAACAUCAGUGACGAAAUCCGACACCAAAACUCAAUCCUGCAAAUGACCAAGGAGAAAUUGAACCUGACUAUGGCGGAAGUAGCAGACACAGCUAAUCAUGUCAACAGUGUAUAUAACGACACCUGGGCCAUCUACAGUGAUGUGUACGACCUCAUGCUACCAGAGACUAACGCCCAGGAGCUCAAAGAACAAUCCAUAAACACUGGUGCUGAGGCAAAGAAGAUCAGAGACGAAGCCAACAAUCUGUAUCAAUCGCAUGUGACUCUGCUAGAAGACAUCUCUGAGCUGAUGAUAGAUGGGAAUGAUGUGCUGAGGAAGGCUGAGGAGCAGCAGCAACUUGCUGAUGAGCUGUUGGCUGAUGCAGACGCAGCUCACACCAAGGCUGAGGACGCUGUGCAUCUUGGCAACAAGACUUUGCAAGAGGCACAGCAGACCUAUCGCACUCUGCAAGAGUUUGAUAGCCAAGUGCAGAAAAGCAAGUCUAAAGCGCAGGAAGCAGUAAGUUCGAUCCCAGACGUAGAGGAACGCAUCAGUCUAGCUAAACAAAAGACCAUCAACGCUCAAGAAGCCCUGGCUGGGGCCGGGAGUCAUGCACAGACUGCCCAAGAACAGCUCAAGUUUGCCAACAACACUGCACAGGAGGCAGAGAAGAUUAAAACUCUAGCAGAGGAGAGCAAGGCAGAAGCGAAGGAUCUGAGAGAUGAAGCGGAAGUGUUGGCUGGGAGAGUGGCCAUAACAGCAGCUCUGGUGGCUGAACAAGAAAACAAGGCUCGUGUUGACCAACAGCUGGUUGACAAUGCUAAGACACGAGUGGGACAAGCUAAAACAUCUGCAGCUGAUGCUACAAAACAAGUUGAAUCUGCGCUGGAAGCUGUACAAAGUAUUAUGAAGGAGCUUAAUGACCUAAGUGAUAUUGACGACGAUAUUCUCAAGAGGCUGGAGAGGAGACUGGCUGAAGCGGAAAAUGACUUUUACGCUGCGGACUUGGAUAGUCAAAUAGAGGCUCUUAACGAAGCUAAGAUUCAACAGACGAAGCUGAUAUCCAGCUACAAGUCUGAACUGCAGCAACUGCAAGAAGAAGUUGCAAAUAUCGAGGAUAUCCGCAACGCACUGCCCGAAGGUUGCUGGAAGAGAACCAGAUUAGAACCUUAGUCAGAAAAUGUUUAAAUCAAACUGUAUCUGAGUGGGAAGAAACAUUACAAGACUGGAUCUUAAGGACCAAAUAGACUUAUGAACACUGUAAAUAGUUCAGUUUCCAGAAGUACCCUUAUGCCAUCACAAGGACAUAUGUUGCCAUGAAAUAAGGUGUGAUCAAACAAUAUGUGAGUAGAGUCAAAGAUGGCUGCAUCAGAUUAAGAAAAAGUUCAAUUUGUUUUGUCAUUGCAGAAAAAUCUGAAAAUGUAUUCAAAAUUAUUUGUUAAAUUUUAGAAGCAACCAAUAUCAAUCUAUUUCACUUCAGUGUUCCCAAUUUGUAGCAAGACUUUAGCAUUAAAUCAAGUCGAUUCGUAAUCUUGUUGAAAGAAUGACACAGUUUUUAACUGGGGUAGAUAAUAUUAAUGGUGAAAUGAAAGUAUAUCAAAUCACCAUGGACACUGCCACUAGCGUAAGUUUGUGAUUGCUUGUGUUGUUUGCAGUCUGAAUUUGAGUCAAAACUUGUCAUACUAUUUCACACUAGGUUAAAAUUUAAAAAAUAAAUAUAUGAGUUCCUAGUAUUGAUUUAGUUUUUCGCUCAAUUCAAUAUUUCUCUUUAACAAUAUUAGACCUGAAAUAUAUUCUACAUUAAUUCUUUGUAGUACAACUAUUAGUUUCUUUAAUAAUGUUUCAGUCUACAAUUAAAUAUUUUUAAAUGUAAGAAUGUAAACCAGUACUUGAUUAUGAUAAAAAAUAUUGCUGGUUUUUAUCUAAUCAUUAUGAAUUGUAAAUCUAUAUUUCGAUCUUCAUCUUAACGUUCUCUUAAUUACUUUAAUUUUUUUCAUUGAUCUAUCAAAUUAAGUACUAACGAAUGCAAUGGAUGUUAUACCAAAGACAUUUAUUUUUAUAACCGAUCAUUAAUAUUUAGUUGUGUAUAUUUUUAUUAGAUUUUGUAACGAAUCUUUGUAUUGUGAUUUUAUUAAGAGUUUUAGCCAUGUAUAGUGUUAGAUUAUUAUCAUAAAAACCACCGAUACACUGUAGGAUAUUAAAUAAUGUGACUUUUAAA